AUGCAGUGCUCACUGUGGUUGUCCGCCCUCCUCGCGACGUGCGGCCUUGCGCUCAGCGCUUCGGUUACAAUUAACGGCACGACGCUCACAGGCUCAGAAGUGACUUCUCCGAGCGGGAGAUCCCUUGACUUCUUCGCGGGUAUACCCUAUGCCGUGGCGCCAGUCGGCGAGCUACGCUUCGCACCGCCCGUGCCGCACAUUCUCAGCGAGUCGGCCUUCGACGCCACGAGCUUCGGUCCUGCGUGCCCCCAGCCGACGGAUGGCGGUGUCCCUGUCGAGAAGCAAUCCGAAGACUGCCUGACCAUCAACAUCAUGCGCCCGGCUGGUAUAUCUAGCGAUGCGGCCCUUCCAGUGUUGGUCUGGGUCUUCGGAGGAGGCUUCUACACCGGGGCUGCCCAGAGGUUUGACUCAAGCCCCGUGGGAACUCCCGUCAUUCUCGUCAGCUUCGGCUAUCGCCUCGGCCCUCUUGGCUUCCCGCAGGGCGACGAGAUGGAUGGAAACGGUCUGCUCAACGUUGGCGCUCGCGACGCGCUCUUGGCCUUUGACUGGAUCAACCGCAACAUUGCAGCGUUCGGCGGAGAUGCGAGCAAGGUCACUGCAAUCGGCAGCAGCGCAGGCGCAAUUACCCUCCAGAUCCUCACCCUCACCAAUACCCUCGGUCCCUACAUUCGCGGCGCUGUCUACAUGUCCGGCUAUCCCGGCACCACGAUCCCGAAGCCCGCGUCGGCGAAUCAAAACUCCUGGGACUCGUUCUCCUCGCUCGUGGGGUGCGCGAACACGUCGGGAAGCGUUCUCAGGUGCCUUCGAGGCGCCGACUCGGAGGCUGUGAUGAGCGCUGUCCGCCAGGUCAUACCGAAGACGCUGUUGAAAUGGUGCCCGGCUCUCGAUGGCGCGAACGGCCUGAAUCCUAACCUACCAUCCAAUAUUUGGGCAGCUGGCGGGUAUACGCAGGUGCCCUCCAUUGCAGGCACGCAUUUGGAUGAUGGUACUUGGUUCGCGCCGGCGCAGAUCAGCAACGAUACUCUCCUUCGCCUGUCCCGUCAGAAGCUGCUCUCACCGACUGUCGGCGGCCGCUCAGAUAACGAGAUGCAGGAUGAGAUACUCGCUUUACGCCCUGACGACACCACCCUCGGCUCGCCAUACGGCACUGACAGCGGAACCUUCGACUUGAUUGACCACGUCCUCGACGCGCAGUGCAUGUUCCACAACCUGACUAACGCUGCGCCAGAGCCUUCCGUGUGGUUCAGCGAGCAGGUCAUGGACUACUGGCCGUCCUUCGUCACCAUUUGACUCCGAACGACGGGCUGGGCGUCGACCAUCCCCAUAGGCAAGUGUACAACGAGAACGAGGCCAUCAUGUAGUUCAACGCGCUAAUAUGUCAACAUUUCCGGAUAACCAUCGCAAAAGACAGACCAGUGCUCUCUCGACGCGGCCCUGGGGAUCCGACGUCCG